AACUUUUACAAGAGAAGCAACAGCUCACACUUCAUCUUGCAUUAACUCUCUUCUUCUAGUGUUUCUUGACUUUGUUUGCUAAUUCUCUUCCUUCCUCCUGUGGCUUUUAGUUGGCAGAGAGGAGGAGGCUUCUCCUUCUCAGUCAUCACCGCGUCCAACUUUGUUCCUCUGGUGCUCUGUUUCUGAUGAUGGAACAGUGAAAUUGGUCCGGAAGGUUUUUCAAGAUCUCGGCUUUUUGAUUGGGGAAGCAUGGAGAAGCAUAGGUGCAAGCAGUGCUAUCGCCGCUUCGCCAGCGGCCGCGCCCUCGCCGGCCACAUGCGGUCUCACUCUGUGGUAGCCAAGGCCAGCCGCCGCCGUUUCCUUCCCUCCCCCUCGGUUUCCUCGUCCUCCCUUCCUCCCGCGAAGGGGUGCGCGGGCGGCGGGGAGAGUGGGAGGAGGCUGAGCGCUGAGCUGUCGUCCUCCCGCGAGAGCGACGCCGAGUCGUCGCUGAACCGCAGGCCGAAGCGCUUCCGAGGCGUCGACGUGGGGGAUGAGCCGCACAGCUCCGUGUCCGAUGGGUCCGCCGAGGAGGACGUCGCCCGCUGGCUGGUGAUGCUGUCGCGCGAUGCGUGGUCGAGGCGCGAGGCGAAGGGCGAGCCGCAAUCCGGAGGCGGCGAUGGAGGAGGAGAAGAGUGCGAGGUCGGGGAGGAUGGGGGCGGAUCCAGAUCACCGUCGAGGCGACUGAUGGAGUUCCAGUGCGGGACGAGCUGGGCGGCGGCUUGCCAUUCCCAAAAAGCCCACCGCGGCCACAAGAUGGGCGGCAUGAAACACGUGUCAGUUCCCGAUGAGGAUUUCUCCGGCAGCGGCGCCGCCGCCCAUGGACAAGAAGCAAAGCUCUGGGAAUGCCCCUAUUGCAACCGGGUGUUCCGCUCCGGUCAGGCCCUCGGCGGCCACAAAAGAUCCCACCUUUCCUCCUCCGCCGCCAUCGCCACAACCGCUUCGCUCGAAACUCAUCUUCCUAGUCCCCACUCCGCCUUCCCCGCAGCAACCACAGCGGCUUCAAACAACAACGAGACCAGAACCAGAAUAGAUCUCAACCUCCCCGCUCCGCUCGAGGGAGAGGCGGAGCUCUCGGCGCUCUCCGUGGCGAUAGAUUUGGCAAGCAAGUGAAGCGAGCACACAAAAAAGACACCAAUUCAGAGCAAUUGGGGGCAAAUUCUGCUGCGCUAAACGUGAAAUUCCAUCAAGAAAAAAAAAACUUCAUCGUCGAAGUCUCUUACAUCAAGUUCAUACUUUUAUCGCAUUCUUUUGCUGUUUCAGUGAAUCCAGUUUCGUCUA